AUGUCGGUGCGCACUGUGUCUUUGUGCCUCACUUAUACCCGAAUUUGUUUUACAGAAUCUGACAGUUCACUAUCUGACUCUGAAACAGACCUUACGUUUGUACCUGAUGAAUCAUUGAAGAAGGAUAUUGCAGUAUUACUGAAAGUGAAAGUUUCCACCGCUGAUAAGGAAGUCCAAACACUCAUGAUAAAUCUUGACCGUGGCAAGAUUUCUACGUCUGACGCCUUCAGAACCGUGUCAGCUGUCAGCGUGGUCGCUAACAUAGAUUUAACUAAGCUAAAACUGAGUAGGAGCUGCAUUCAAAGGAAAAGAAAAAAGGUGCGUGCAAUGAUUGCUGCUUCUAUUCGGGGUGAGUUUCACCCGGAUGUGCCCCUCACAGUUCACAUGGACGGGAAGAAAAUUCCCCCUCUCACAGGAAAAGGCGACGUCGUGGAACGUCUACCUGUUCUUGUCACAGGAAAGGGAGUAAACCAACUUCUGGCGUCUAAUGUCCUGCCGAGGGGGAACGGCCGCGACAUUUCGGAUGAAGUUGUAGCUCAACUUCAAAACUAUAAGUUAACUGAAAAGGUGAAAUGCGUGUCCUGCGACACAACAAGCUCCAAUACAGGUUGUCAUCCUGUAGACACCAUUCCCUUGAAAUAA